GGAAUAUCCGCGGUUCGCCCCCACUCUCCCAUUAGAAGGCAGACGGGGGUUCGUGUCCGCUGAGUAGCAACUUGGCUGCGGCUGUUGUCUGUUGAACUUUCCAAGUGUGUGUCCUUUGGGAGUUGCAGUUGAGCAGUUAAAGGGUCUAUUUGUCUUACUAAAUGGCGUCUACGUGCUCGUUCACUGCUAAUGUCCUGUGGUGCACGGUGAUACUUUUGCCUGUCGUUUCGGCAGGCACUUGUGAUGACGAUGAUUCGCCAUUCUGUCGCCACCAAAACCAUUUUAGCUCUGUUGUUGCAAUCGGAGUGAGCUUCUUUGGGAUUUUUCUCUUCUCGCUUGUGCUCUGUUUAUGCUGCCCUUGUUGUCUUCUGUACAAGAUGGCACGAAGGGGACGUCAGCCUGUGGUUACGAGUUCAACUACAACUACAGUGGUACAGUCUGCAUACCCACAGCAACCACACGUACCAGCACAAGGUUUCGUUCCAUACCAAGGAUAUUCUCCAAUGCCAAUGCAGCCAGCACCAGCUAUGGGUCCCUAUCCUCCAAGUAGUGCCUAUCCACCACCAUAUCCAACUCCAUAUUCUGGACAACCACCUUCAUAUCAAGAUACUGUGGCAACUAGUGCAAAUGCGCCUUAUCCAGGACAGCCACCGUACAAUCCCGCUGCACAGCCACCAUACAAUCCCGCUGCACAGCCUCCAUACAAUCCCGCUGUACAGCCCCCAUACAAUCCUGCCUAUGGAACUCCAGAGAAGUCACAUUAAUAAACAUGUGGCCGUGUCUGUUGUCAAGUACGUUAACUGAUCUAUCUUAGCCUGUUACCAUUUUGUACAAGAUGAGUGCUGGAAAGGAAUUAACUUGUAAGAAUUUCAGAUAUGUUCAGCAGUUAACUGUAAAUUACUUGCUUUUAAAAGAGUUUUUUUUGUCCACCCCCACUUCAGUUCUUCGACUGAGGAGAUGUGAAAUCUAUUUUACCUUGGAUAUCUUCAUUUUUUUUUUUCCAACUCUUUUCGACAGGUGGAGCACAACUUUCUUUUUGAAUAUACAAAACAAAAAUAUUUGCUUUAAGCUACCUUUCAAUGCGAACAUAGGUGUUUUGAUAUCUGCCUAAUUUCCCCUUCUAUGAAGGCUACCACUUCCUUGCUUGCAGUUAAAUAAAUGUUUUUCAUGUGUGGCUGUUUUUUUGGAUCCUUUUUCGAAAAGGAAAUAAAAAUAUGCUGUAUUUUGUUAGCUGUCCUUCAAGGGUUUUUGGCCAUAAACCGAAUGCAGAGAUAAAUCCCAAGUGUUUUAUUGAUAAUGCCAGCAAUUGUCAUGAAUCUCUUACUCCUGAAAUAUCACGAAUCUGAUGACUUUUUUUUUAAAACUCAAGAAAUGGGAAAGAAAGUAUUUAUAGUUUUCUUUUAUCCUUUGUUAUUUUAUCUCUGCCCUCCCUUUCAUUACCUACUUUGAUUUUGCCUUCAACCAUCUGGCACAACUUUAGUCAGUGACUGAACUAAAGAACAGUUAUCUUUUGUAAGAAUUCUCCUCUGCUUUUUCACAUCUUGGGCUUUGGGGGUCUUUCUUCACCCCCUCCUCCUAGGCAGAAGGAUCCAAACAGUUGUUGGUGCAGUUUCUGAAAGUGAAGACAAAUGGGCACAUACAGUACAUUAUAAAAAGUAAAACAGACUGAGGAUCAGGUCUGUUGCCUUACCCAGCGCACUGUCAUGUAGUUCCUGAAUCCCAGUUGUUUCCAUGCAAGAACUGAAGGGAAGUAAAAGAAGCAAUCUCAAUGAUGUAAAGACCAGCAGUACUGCUAGCAACGUGCUGCAAUGGAGCAUCGGAAAAGCCUUUCACCCAAGGGAGCAUGAUGAGCUGCAGAGGAAAGAAGGAAUUAAAAUCAUUCCAAGUGAAUAAAGACAAUAACCUCAUGAACUGUUUUCACGUUUUUUUUAACAUUAUGACUUGUAAACAGGAAUGUUUGAAGAUUUUACUGAAGAGAUGUGUUAAUAUGCAGCUACACCAUAUCAAGGUAACUGCUUUGAGCCCCCACCCGACCAAUUAGAUUGUGGAAUUCACCAAAUACAAGUUUAAAUCAGCUGAGUGCAGCAUGUGUGCUGCCAAAAGCCACACUGUCCUCCUAUUUGCGCGACAACUUUAAAUUACCUUCCUCCUCCAUCCUCCUGUACUUCCAUCCAGCAUUCUGAGACUGAGAGUGAGCACUUUGCUGUCAUUUGCUUUAUAAUUAUUUUGUAACUGUUGUCAAAUGAGUUUUUUAAAAACUCAAACAUUUUGAUUUUGUUGCAUUUAUCAGGGGCAAUUGGUUUAAUUCAGAUGCUGCAGUAUCAUUUGAAAAAUAUACAUUACAUUUAAUGUUAAUAUUAGAAUGGUUGUAUUGUACAAUAAAGUCAACAUGUUCUUUCCAA